CCUCCCAAUUGCCACAACCAGCGGGAGUUACAUUCAGAGCCGUCAAGACUGCGACACGUGACAAACGUAACCGUUAGAACUGUAGUAAAUAUAUUUGAUGUCCUCUCACCCCCUUUGCGCGUAGUCGACGACACCCUUCUUCUUCUUCUGUAUACCUCUUUAAUAUAUCGUGUCCUUUCCUUCGCUGGAACAUUCCAUAUUCUCUCACAGGAAACAUACUCCGAUGAUGAACGGUUCGAUUCCGACUGCGAACGGUGGAGACGGAUCGGCUCUGAUAUUCCUGGGAACGGGGUGUUCGAGCGCGGUCCCUAACGCAAUGUGUUUGAUCCAGAAAUCAGAUUCUCCCUGCUACGUCUGCUCCCAGUCUUUUUCGAUCCCUCCAGAGAGAAACCCUAAUUACAGGGGAAACACUUCACUUCUAAUUGAUUAUUAUUGCCAAAGCGAUGGCAAGCAUAAAUACAUUCAAAUCGACGUUGGAAAGACAUUCAGAGAACAAGUACUUCGUUGGUUCACUCUUCACAACAUUCCUCAAGUUGAUUCUAUAAUUUUGACACAUGAACAUGCUGAUGCAGUACUUGGUUUGGAUGAUAUACGUUCUGUGCAACCAUUUAGUCCUACCAACGAUAUAGAUCCUACUCCAAUUUUUGUAAGCCAAUAUGCUAUGGACAGCCUUGCUGUGAAGUUCCCGUAUCUGGUUCAGAAGAAACUUAAAGAAGGCCAAGAAGUUAGGCGGGUAACACAGCUGGACUGGAGAAUAAUCGAAGAAGAUUGUGAUAAGCCAUUUGUAGCUUCAGACUUAUCAUUCACGCCACUUCCCGUGAUGCAUGGAGAAGACUAUGUCUGUCUUGGUUUCCUUUUUGGAGAAAAAUCUAGAGUAGCGUAUAUAUCUGAUGUAUCACGCUUUCCCCCAAGCACUGAGUAUGUUAUAUCAAAAUCUGGGGGUGGACAAUUGGAUCUUCUUAUCUUGGAUACACUAUAUAAGACAGGAUCCCACAACACCCACUUAUGUUUCCCGCAGACUCUGGAGACAAUCAAAAGACUGAGUCCAAAAAGGGCUCUUUUAAUCGGAAUGACUCACGAGUUUGAUCACCACAAGGACAAUGAGUUUCUUGAUGAAUGGUAUAAAAGGAAGGGAUCUCAGUAAAACUUGCGCAUGAUGGCUUGAGAGUCCCUAUUGACCUAUGGAGAGGCUGAGUAUCUAAACCAGAAGAUGAGGAAGCUUGUGUAGUUGUAUGGGUCUUCUUACCUUAAGAUCCAAAGAGAGAAGACGAAAAUGAGAAACGGUUUUCUUCAAGAUGAUUAAAAGAUCUUUUUUUUUUGUUGUUUUAACCUUUUCAUCUGAAGUUUGGAUCUUUGUAUCUUUGCUAAGUUAUAGUUUAGGAUUUAACCCUUGCUGUAUUACCUUUUUGCAUUUUUCCCUGAUAUAAUUGUUAAAAUAAUAACAAAAGAAAGAAAAAGCAGGUCAUC